AUGGCUCACACAAAUGAAUCGAUGGUGUCUGAGUUUGUACUUUCGGGACUCUCUAAUUCCUGGGAAUUUCAACUUUUCUUUUUUGCCAUCUUUUCUGUAGUCUAUGUGACAUCCGUGCUAGGCAAUGUCUUAAUUAUUGUCAUUAUUUCUUUUGACUCCCAUUUGAACUCUCCUAUGUACUUCUUGCUCAGUAAUCUUUCUUUCAUUGAUAUCUGUCAGUCUAACUUUGCCACCCCCAAGAUGCUUGUAGACUUUUUUGUUGAGCUCAAGACUAUCUCCUUUGAGGGUUGCAUGGCCCAGAUAUUCCUUCUUCACACUUUUGUUGGGAGCAAGAUGAUGUUGCUUGUAGCUAUGGCAUAUGACAGAUUUAUAGCCAUAUGUAAGCCUCUGCACUACAGUACAAUUAUGAACCAGAGGCUAUGUAUAAUUUUUGUGUCUAUUUCCUGGGCAGUGGGCAUUCUUCAUUCUGUGAGCCACUUGACUUUUACAGUGGACCUGCCAUUCUGUGGUCCCAAUGAGGUGGAUAGCUUCUUUUGUGACCUUCCCUUGGUGAUAGAGCUGGCUUGCAUGGAUACAUGAAUGGAAAUUAUGACCCUAAUGAACAGUGGCCUGAUAUCAUUGAGCUGUUUCCUGGCUUUAAUUAUUUCCUACACCAUCAUUUUGAUCAGUGUCUGGCGCAGGUCCGCCAGUGGGUCAUCUAAGGCUCUUUCUACAUUAACUGCCCACAUCAUAGUGGUGAUUCUAUUCUUUGGGCCUUGCAUUUAUUUCUAUAUAUGGCCUUUUAGCAGACUUUCGGUGGACAAAUUUCUUUCUGUGUUCUACACUGUUUGUGCUCCCUUGUUGAACCCCAUCAUCUACUCUCUGAGGAAUGAAGAUGUUAAAUCAGCCAUGUGGAAGCUGAGAAACCGUCAUGUGAACUCCUGGAAAAACUAG